AUGAGGAAUUCCCCGCAACGGAUCACCCUCAAUGCUGUGCGCCUCAUCCACACUUCCGUCGCCGGCCCGCGGCCGCUGGCUCAUCGGUCAUUCCACUUGACGGCGCCGGCGAGCCUCCCGCGCAAGCGCAGCUUCUUCACCUCGAACCCUUUCCUCUCCCAGGCCAAUGACGACUCCCGCUCAGCCUCGGAGCUGGCCAGGGACGACCAGACUCCCGCCGCCGCAAAGAGGAAGCCGACGCGAGCAGCUACGGCCAAGAAUUCUCUCCGGCGCGUCGCCAUCAUCGCCCAGCAGCCAAAGCGAGGCGCCUCUGCCUCGGGCAGCCCAAGCGAUGAGCCCUCCAACGUGGUCAGCGCAACGUGCGUCUCGGAAUCAUUCAAGAUGCCUCUGGUCCUCGAGAUUCUAUCUUCCCACGGCUUCGCAAUCGAUCCGGAUGGCACGGGAUUCGACGCCAACGAGGUGCUCCACGCAAGAGGAGUCAACGGUGGGGACAUCUUUGUCUUUCCUUCUGGUACAAUCGUGACAUGGUCGCUGCCUCCCGACGUCGUCACCAAGCAGAUCAUGCGCGCCGCCGAAGAAGCGCACCCUAUCGAGUCCCGCGAAUUCGAGGAUCUAGAGUUCACCACUGACACAAACCGAGAGACGAGUGUCCUCAAGGGUGAUGUGAUUGUGCUGGGUACCCGCAAGGAGCACAGGGAUAACGAUACGCUGGACACGACUCUGGCAAAGGUUGCCUUCUCCUCGGGUCUCGCCCGUAGCACCAAGCUCGCUGUCCUCGAAACCGCCCUGACCAGCUACUUUGAGAGUACACGCAACAUCCCUGAAAUCCUCUCUCAGGGCGCAGGCGUCCCCCUCGGCCGCCGCUUUAUCCUUCAAAAGACGGGCGAGCUGCUCAGCUUACGAGCCCGCCUUAACCACUACUCCGAACUAACCGACUCGCUCCCUGAUAUCUUCUGGGAUACCAGCUCCGAGCUCGGCCUCGAGGGGUACUACGAGCAAGUUGGCCGUGCCCUGGAUGUAAACGUGCGCAUCCGUGCACUGAACCAGAAAAUGGACUAUGCUGCCGAGAUUGCUAGCGUUCUGCGUGAGAUGUCGAGCGAGCAGCAUGGUACCCGGCUGGAGCUGAUCAUCAUCCUUCUCAUCGCAGUCGAGGUUGUCUUUGAGCUGCGUCGCAUCGUCCUCGAGUGGAUGCAGGAGCGUGAGAUGGCUGCGGAUCUACCAAAGCAUGUCCCAUGA